AUGACGCCAAAAGGUAUCUCUGCGUUUUCGAGUGAAAUCGAUUCUUCGAAACGUACCGUUCGCCAAUCACCAAAUCCGGAUGUCGUAUUAAAUGACAACACUCAAAUUGCAGAAUUGAAGAAUCAAGUCGUCCAUCAUCAGCAAAAGUUCACGUUCCAUGUAUGGGCCUACUUACCUAGUAUCUCGCUUGUGUGGCUUUGGAUGGGGCUUAACAGGCUAGCAAUCCCUAGGAUGGAACGUGAAAGCCUAGUAUGGAGAGCAAAAGGGACCAUGCCUACGGCACUAAACAUUGAAAAAUCGGUCAUCGUUGUUGUCAUCGUUGUAGUUGUCAUUCGUGUUAUCGUUGGCGGUCAUGUCGUUGUUGUUGAUCUGUUGUUGGUCGCCACGUCGCCGUUGCCAUCCCGUGUCCUUGUCGCUGUCACGUCCUCAUCCCGUGUCCUCGUCUUGUGUUUUCAUCGUCGCGUCGUCGUUGUCCCACAUCAUCGUUCCGUCGUUGUCCUGAGUCUCAGCGAGCUGUGUUGGGACGAACAGAGACGAGUGGUGGGGGUGAGUCGUCCUGUGUCUCACCGAGCGACACCGCAGUAUUCAAUCGACUACCGUUUACGCCGAUGCUUUGCUACGCGUUCUCUUGCCAAUGCUCGAAUGCUUGGUGUCUUCCCCGAUGCCCAGGCCGAUGACGGCGCGGAUUAUUGGUCGAUACCGUCAAAACGAUGUCAUAUCGCUUGGGAGACUGGAUUUGCACGGGGAUAUGCCCUCCGAGUCGUUGCCACCCUCCGCGCCAUAGCAGUCAAAGUCGCCUUGGUUACACGCAAGCUCCUCGCAGCCGCAGCCAUCACCGCAACUCUUCGCACGCCACCACCACCGAUGACGCAUAUACUGGCGGUUUCCAUGGUAAGCGGCUACAUCGCAGGAGUAGCCUUAAUCAGCCAAGAGAGCGAUGUGAGGAGUAAAGGGUUUCAACUGGUGAUGACGACGGCUCACCUCGCAUGCCUCUGUCGUCUAAGCAGAAGACGAGCGGCAUGACAUCGAAGAGAACGAUAACUGCCAACAUUUACUCAAGACUACUGUUUUUUAUGUCACCCACUUGCUCACGGUCUUCCGCAUGUACAUAUUGCUUUCUUUUUUUUUCUCCAUCCUUCCAAUCUUUUCUCUUGCUGCCUGCCAUUCUUGUGUCGUUUUCAGACUUUGUAUUAGAUGCUACAAGAAAUACAUGU